UAAGAUCUUAAACAUGUUUAGUUACUGUGUAUUCAAUGUUUUGUUGUUAUGUGCCGUUUCUAUUUUUGCUUCGAAAAUUGUUGAAGGAUCUCAGCCGAUCUUACAGAAGACAAUAGAAGCCCUAUUCACUGACCGAUCAAACGAGAUGUAUCCUGGGCCCUGCAAACUGAUCAGAGCAUCGAAACGGCAAAAUAAAAUUUGUGAAAGAGAUACAGGAUUGGCAAAUGUUUUGACUAAUGCGAAGGAACAAGCGAUUGCGGCCUGCGAAGAGACCUUCCAAUAUGACAGGUGGAAUUGCUCCCUCGUGUUCAAUAGAAAGGCAAAACGGAGUAUAUUCAAUAAAUUAUUCAGAGAAACGGCGUUCGUCCAUGCUCUGAUGGCAGCUUCCAUCACGCAUUCAGUAGCAAAGGCAUGUGCCUCUGGGGAUCUAUCCUCAUGCUCCUGUCCCGGAAAUUUUGGCAAAAACAAUACAUGGAAAAUGGCAGGCUGUGGAGACGACUUCAGACAUGGAAAGAGAUUAACAAAAAACUUCUUGGACUUCAAACAUGCAGGUAACGAUCAAAUUGCGGAAAUAUUAAAGCAGGAUAUUAUUGUAGGAGUCGAUUCCAUAGGAGAACAGCUAAAAGAAGUUUGCAAAUGCCAUGGAUUCUCAGGGUCUUGUACCACGAAGACAUGUUGGAAGCGAUUGGGACCUUUUAACUCAGCCAUGGGCCUUUUGAAGAAGCACUACCACCAUGCAGUAAAAAAGAAAAUUAUGAACUAUACGACGAAAAGAGCGAUAACUCCUAAAGUGAGGAACAGGAUGAAAGUGGAAAGGAAAAACUUAUUGUAUUUACAGAAGACGCCUAAUUUGUGUGUCAGUACUGAAGGCAGGGUGUGUAAGGACCGACAUAAUUGUGCGACUUUAUGCUGUGGUAGGGGCGUAAUAACGAACAAGAAAACUGUCAGUUCAAGGUGUAGAUGUAGGAUGGUCAACUGCUGUUUUGUGCAAUGUGAUACUUGUGUUGAAGAGGUCGAUCAGUAUACGUGUAAGUGAGUUUUUGUGCCAUAUUGUUAAGUUUGUAGGUGGGGUGGAAUGGUUUGCUCCGACAACAGCAACAUAAUCUUAUUAAUGGAUGUGAAAUUUAAUGGUCUAUUUCUGUUGGAAAAUGUAACACCAUGUCUUUUGUGAUCUAAGGAUAAGUUAGGCAGAAUCUUAAAAAUAGUUAUUACCUACUAACUUCUGAGACAAAUACAGAGACAACUUGCUAUAAUUAGUCCUUGCGGUCUGGACAAACAUUCAUGACAAUCUCAACGAAAAAUACUUAAGGACAUUUAUGGAAACUAGUUUUAAGGUGUAGUCUCAAAAUUACCAAAUUUUAAAUGAAAUUGUGAACUAUUUUUACUUAUUUAAAUAUGAAAUUGCUCAUGUAUUUGUUUUAAGAUAAGAUUGUAUGUGAUAUGCGGCCGAGACGAGGUGUGUCUGUGUAUAUGGUCGGUCAAGCUGUGAUAUUAAAGGUGGACUUUAGUAAGAUA